CCGCAAGGAUGUACGCACAAUUGUGGUGUCUCUGCCUAGUUGCUGCCACAGCCUUUGCAGCCGACCAGCCUGUGGACGAUUGUGUCCUGACCGGUGGAGACAAGAAGUCUGCAGCAGAACAAGCUCUCCUCCAAAGAUUGGCUCCAUUGAAGACUAAGAAGUUUGAGGCCACCAUCCAAGAAGGUGACGAUUCCUACAAAUAUACGUUUGUAGUGUGCGGCCGGGUCAAUGCCAGCACAAGCCCAAAUGCAGGACUGGUGCAAUCCAAAGUGGGUUCAACGGAGGUCACUGUGAUUGGUCGCAUCGAUGACACCCACAUCCUCAAUGGAACGGAUUGGAUCAUGCUCUUCUACAAAUCUGGAGACAAGUACGACAACCACUGUGAUCAUGAACCAAGGAAGGCGAUGAUCAUGAUAUCCUGCAACAAGAACACCCUGGGGGAUGGCUUCACGAUAAUUAACGAGGAAAGAAACAAGUCGAAGGAUUGCUUCUAUCUGUUCGAGAUGGACAGUAGCCUUGCCUGUCCGGCCGAGGAAUCCCAUCUCAGUGUGGGCUCCAUUCUGCUCAUUGUGUUUGCAGUGAUACUUGCAGUUUACAUCAUCGGUGGAUUCCUUUAUCAGCGCUUUGUCGUUGGCGCUAAAGGGAUAGAGCAGUUCCCUAAUAUCACUUUUUGGCAAGAGUUUGGCAACCUGGUAGCGGAUGGCUGUGACUUUGCGUGCCGAUCUCGGCCUCGUUCCUCGGAAACUGCUUACCGCGGAGUGGGAGAUGAUCAGCUCGGGGAGGAGCCAGAAGAAAGAGAUGACCACCUAUUACCUAUGUGAAGUCCAUUCCCCUCCGACAACAUCCCCGAUCUGUUACAAUUGGAAGAAACCACAUACCUUCUACUACAUCCUUCCCUGCUACUUAGAACCUCUUUUAUUUCUUAAAGCUUCUCUGCUGCCACAUGGGGGGGGGGGUGAGCUCCCACAGCCCUUAUGUGGGGAAAAACUGCCACAAUAUUGUCCUGGGAAGAGACCUUCAAUGGUUUGUGUCUUGGAGUAUAGCCAAGGUGGCUGACACUCCUAAGAAGGAAUCAUGGCUCUUACAGUACUUCCUGAUUGGGAGUAAGGAGCAAUGUCUCCUCCUGGUACUGCCGAGGUAUUGACCUUCAAACCAAAAACAGACAUACUCAGGUUAAGUCACAUGAUG